CGAGUCGAGAUCAAAGCGGAGAUUUUUUAAAAAAAAAGGGUUUAGGAUGAGUUGCAAGCCUGAUAAUUUAUACAAGAGAAAGUAUGAUGAACCAUGGAGACAUGAUCUUUAUGAAGGAUCAGGAGAAAAUCCGUCUAUUUCAGGGUUAAAAGAGGCGUAUGAAGAAGAGCCAAAGGCUUUAACAUAUCGUGUUAAGGUGGAAAAUCUUCAUUAUGAGCUUACAGAGGAUGAUUUGAAUGGAUUAUUUAAACGAAUUGGACCUGUUGCUAAGCUUAAUAUUAAGUAUGAUCGUUCAGGUCGCAGCACAGGAAUAGCAUUUGUUAAUUUUGAAAGAAUUGAGGAUGCACAUAAUGCAAUUAAUCAAUUCAAUGGAGCCAAUGCUGCAGGUCAGCCGAUUACAUUAACGUUGGAUUUACAGCCAUUACGUAAAUCACGAAGAAAAUCGGACUCAUUAUUUGGUCGUAUUAGUGAUUUUAAAGUUGAUGCUUAUAGGCAUAAAAUAUUCAAUAAUUAUAGACCAUAUAGAAAGCUAAGAGGGGAAUAUAAGACUCAAGAGGAUUUAGAUAAUGAACUUGACAAAUAUAUGAAUGUUGCAAUACAAUCUUCAAAUGAUACAGAAAAGCCUAUGAUCAUUGAUGAAAAGUAAUUUAUAUAAGAAAAUGAAUAUAUCUUUUAUUAUAUUUAUUUUUAUU